AUGGAGGUGGAGGAGGAGGAAAGACGCUCUCCACAUAAUCGUGGGGAAGCGUGUGUUCCCGAGGGCUUCUUUGACCGCGUAACGCAAGGGUUACGCAACGAUCUCGAGCAUGAGCGGAAUAGGCGUCUCCAAAUGGCGGACACUGUCUUGAAGCAUCGAGCUGAGUUUUUUUUUGCUCAGCCUGAGAACGAGAGAGCUCUGACAUCUCUUCGUGACGAGCUAAGGGUAGCUCGUGGGAUUGUUGAUCGGUCUCGGGCUGAUAUAACUGCUCUUCAGACCCUUGUCGAUUCCCACCAUCGGGAGCACAAGGCUCUCUGCGAGAUGCUUGAGCGCAAGGGCGUUCUUCAUCGGAAGAAGCAGCGUACUGAUGGUACGGCUUAA